ACAACAACAACAACAACAACAACAACAAGAACGAUGAAUACCAAAACAGGUUCACUUCAAAUUAACACUUCAUUCUCAACAACAGAACAGAUCGAACCAUCAUCAAGUCCAAUCACUCCACCAUCUCAAACUCAACCUUUUAUAUUUCCAUCAAAUCAAACUCAACUGACUCCUAAACAUUUACCCAAUUCACCAUUUCAAUCCAACAAAUCUAACUUAAUUCAAUCUCCUACUCAUACUUUACUUUUAUUGGGUUCAGGUCCACCUAGUCCAACUCCAAGAGAUGAUAUCAUUGAAGGAAUGUCUACAUCUACUUCAUCAAUCUUUGAAAGAGAUGUAGAACUCUUAGAACCUAAUCUCACAGCACACGAAGCUACUCAAUUAGCCAUCCCAUCAGUCCUAGAUGAAGCCGUUGAGAUUCUUACGAGUACGACUCAUCCAGAAGACAUCAUUUUAGAUUCAUCAAUCCCUUCUACUCCACCAUUGAUUCGAAAACGACCAGGUUUAGAUCAACAAAUCUCACCGAUCAGUUCGGUUUUGGAUGAUCCACCUUCUCCUUUGAAUUUCCAUAAUCAUCAUCAUCAUCAAUUAUCAGAUUCGAUUUCUUCGAUUAGUUUUACGACUAACUUAAACGAAUCCAAUGGGUCACCUGAAAGUUCAAGUUCUUCUCCAUCUAUCAUACCUUUAUCUAGCUUAAACUUUGAACCAAAAUCAGACUCUCAUUCGACUUUAAUCCAACCGCGUCAAACUUCAUCUAUCCUUCAUGAUCAUCAUGGAUCGAGCUCGAAUCGAUUGAAUUUUAUGAGUUAUGCUGAUUUGAUUAACUCUGAACGGACUUCAACUAUCGAUCAACUUACUACUCUGCUUACUUCUUCGGACCUAAUCUGAUUCUUCAAGAAACGAAAGUCAAAAGUCUUAUCAAUGCUAGGCUUGUGUUCAUAUGUAUUCUAAUCAAACCAGUCAUUCGAAACCUGGUCAUCUUUCUUUUGCAUUCUCUUUUGGUUCUCAUAAGCAUCUUUUUUAUCUAUACAAGUUGAUGAUUACAACAAUUUCUUUUGUUUAUAGCUAACAUUUCUAUGUCAUCAUCUUGAUUUCUUUUUUUUCUCAAACACUCAUACCUAUACAUACACGAAGAUUCAAACACUCCAAUCGAUUUUAUUUCUCUUUACUUUUGUUUUUUUUCCCGCACCUUUUUUUCCUUAUCCUCCUCUGUUCUCUUUCUUCUUUUACAUGAACAUCAUUACAGUUGAUCAAGAUUUCAUAAACACAACAAUUUGAAUGAUUGAUGAUUUUACAAACUCGUUUUUUUUCUCGCUUCGUUUGCGUUUGUUUUAUUUCAUGUUGUUUCAUUUAUUUUUCAAAACAUUGUUCAUUUCAGUUAUUUGAUUUGUUAUACCAUUUGUGAUUUUCGAAAUAUCUUCCGGGAGUUUUUUCUUUUGAAACAUGAAAAGAUUAUAUUACUUUUGCU